GGGCGGGGCGGGCCAGAGCUCUGCGUUGCGGCAGUGAUUGCUGAGCAGAACUCCGCGGCUGCCGGAGAUGCCUGACUCCUCGGCCUGAGGAGCUGUCAGCGACGCGAUGGAGCGAGCAAGGGAUCGCUUACACCUGAGACGGACUACAGAACAGCACGUGCCUGAAGUGGAAGUCCAAGUCAAACGUAGGAGGACAGCUUCACUGAGCAAUCAGGAGUGUCAGUUGUACCCAAGACGUUCUCAGCAGCAGCAAGUGCCUGUGCUGGAUUUCCAGGCGGAGCUGAGACAGGCUUUCUUAGCCGAGACACCGAGAGGUGGUUAAAGCAGGAUUGGAUUUUCAAGGUAGCCGAUUCCCAAGCAAAAACCAGGCUCCAUCUACUGUUAGCGAAGCUUCUGCACAGCUUGCAUUGUUUCUAGGAGAACCUUCCAUCAUACCUUUAUCUGUAGCCUUCCCUUAGGUCUAAGGGUCCUGAAAUUGUACUUUGGACGUUGGAUUUGGUGGAACAGCAACAUG